CGUGGUCUAUUAAUCUAUGCUCAAACGCAAGACACUGAUAGUGGUAUCGUAAGCUUGAAUGAUACUAGUUAUGGUUGGUAUGUCUGUAGCAAGGCACCUACAAACUAUAUAGUACCGAACUCUGCAAUUCCAAAUGAUAAUGCCGGUUUAACUAUGAUGGCACAUCGGCCUGGUUCUUUUCCUCAAUUCGGCAUUUUAACUUUCGCCACAAAUUAUUCUGGUGCUCGUCAGUUUGCUGAUCCCAAUAGUGCUUCUUUUAUUUAUAUUGGUAAUUUAUCAUGCGCUACUGAACCGGUUCUUAGUUGCUCGCCUACCCCUCAAACUUUUAGUGUUCUUAAUGUUUUAUGUUUGGCUGUGUCGAAUCCUAAUGCUUGUGAAACCAAGUUUUCUUAUAGCAUAUCGUUCACAUCUGGUAUAAAGUAUCCUGCUUUAGCCGUUCUUACAUAUGACGCACAACAAGUUAGUAAUGGUCAAUCAGAAACUCCAAAUUUUGGUACAGUAGUUAAAGGCAGGCCUCCAUCUUCGACCCAGGUUCAACUUGGUUUACUAACUUACGUCACAAAUUAUACUGGACUUCAAUUAUUCAUUGAUCCUUCAUCUUCAAAUUUAUCGUCAAAUUUAUCGUAUUAUACCGAUCUUUCGUGUUGGCAAGAACCGAAACUUAGAUGUUACCAAAAAAAAGAUCCAUCAUUUCCAACUAAGGAUUUGUUAUGUUUGAGUGUGGUGAAUCCACAUGAUAAAGAAAUAAAAUUUAGUCUAUCGGUUAGUUUUACUUCUGGUGUUGAUGCACCUUCUGUCACUAUGUCUCCUAUAAGUCAGGGAUAUGGCGUUGCUCCAACUGUGAAUAAUGCGAAACCAACGGCUACGCAUAGUGGAUCCCCAAAUUUUAUUGCCAGUGGUAGCGAUGUUGGUGGAGGAGGAACGGGUGUAUGGUUGGUUUUAAUGGGUGUUGGUGUUGCAAGUUCAAUAUUCACGUUUUUAUUAUCUUGA